GUACAGAGAGCGAGCUCAAUAUGGAUUACGACUGCACCCACAUGUAUGCGGCCCCUCCAGCCAGAUCGAAGCAGAGGGGAGACAAGAGACAGUCUCGGAUUAGGACAUCGUUCUUCGGCGGUGGCAAUAAACGUGGGAGUCUUGAGUAUUCACCAGGGGAUAGUGGAGGGUCAAGGAGUCCAUCAAGGAUGGUGACCGAUAAGCACGACCAGGAAGCUGGAUCAUUUGGCUUUGGACGACGAAAGUUGCGAAAGGCGUCAUCGAAGGUCAGCCUUCGGUCGAUGACUUCAAUGACAAUUCACGAGAGUCCAGAUGAGAAGUCGGGAUAUAAAUCACUUUCUGAAAUCCUGAGAGGAGGACGGACGCCUUAUGGUAUGCAUGGACACUCACCCUAUGGAAUUCGCCCUGGCUAAAUGCAUGGUUGUACUUCUAGCUCAACGAAAGGGACCUAAUCCAAUUAGCUAUCCCUUCAAUUUCUCUCAUAUCACGCAUGCCAACUCACAGGACUUCAGCCGACUACACAAGGCUCCUCAGCAGGAACUAGUCCGUGAUUUCAAUAAGGUGGUACGAGAUUCUUCACUACCCCUACGGCUGAGAGGAACUGGCGACUCGGACGAAUCACCGUUAGCGUCGCCAAUGUCUUCAUAUCCUGUAUCGAAUCGUUCACGUUCAUCAUCAUUCCAGACGAUUGCAUCGAGACGACGAGCCAAUUCAACCAAGUCAAUAUCGCCCAGUGAAUCGUUAUGUGAACUGAGUCGGGUCCGCUCAGAGGAGAGUUCUCGAUACGCUUGCCCACUCACUCCGCCCCCGAGGACAUCAUCAAGACAUUGCCUCCGUAGUCUGCAGGAAAGCCCAUCGGAGGAUGGCCCAGAUGAUGAUGCUACAUUGGUAAACAUCUCGGAUGACAUUUCAGAACGGACGCUUCCUCAUGCGGUAACUACGCCUGAUAAUAGCAGCUAUGGUAGAAAAUCUCCUGGGAUUGAAAAACUUAUGAACAGUGUACCUGACGGAUGCACUCCAGCCCAGCAGGAUCGAGUGGAAUUGCGAGGAUACAAAUCUACGCCUGACCUGACGCAGAUUCGGCAAAGAAGCUUCCUCACUGUGCGAACUCGGCCUAUCAGCCAGCUCAGCCAGGCGUCGGAUACGCUCAAUGGCAGCUUUACUGUUCCCGCCAGCCCAAGCCAGUCCAUUUGCAACCGCCGUGCCUCGAAAAGGCUUUCGGUGCUCAUGCGUGCGCCGGGGGAAUUUCCCUCGGAAUCCGGCGCGUGCCUCGACUCCUGGGAAGAGGACAUUGACUGGUGCUAUAGGAACCAGGUAGAUGCUGAUUGUGAUUUCAUUUGGGAUCAGAGCCCGGAGUGUGCGCCCCAGACGGCGGUGGGUGUGGAGGAGACUGGUGACCUCUCGGUGUCCAUGCGUGACUCCACAUCACUGCGCAGUGAGCUGCUAAAGUUCCCUGAACCCAGGGAACACUCUGCUUUCGUUGACAAGCGAAUCACUGGUACGUUUGAAGACAAGCUACUCCUGCCGCCUACCCCUCGUCUUCCGCCCAGCCCCGGUUUCCCGCCAUUCGAAGCUACCAUGGCUUCAGGCGUUGGGGUAGUCGAUGGCGGGUUUAGCGCAUAUGAGCCUGACAAUGAGGCAAUUAUCUUCCGAGCAGCAGACACGGCGCUGCGACACAGAUCGCUCAGCGCCUCGGCUUCACUCCCAGACCUCGCUCCAUGUCGCACACCUCGCGAUGAACUCACCCGAGUAGCAAGAAAGUUGGACGAGCAUAUCGCGGCCCUCAACCAUGAAAUAGCCUCACCUGUCACCGAGCACCCUGCCUUCCACCCCUUCGUUGUAUCGCGCGGCCUCUCUGCAUCCUAUCUCCGUAACCGGUCGAGGGCAGACUCGGAAGCGACAUGUGUCACUCUCUGCUCAGACACCGAGACUGUUACACCCAUCGACAGCAUUGAGGUUAUUACACCCUCCAACUCGGCUCAUAAUUCUGUCAACUUCAAUUCACAGUACCUUGAGGGCAGAGUCGAGAAGGGAUUAUCUUUUGCUGCUGCGGUAUUGCCAGGAGUUGUUGAAUUCGGUCCUGAGCGCACUCACACCAUUCCUAUCGGGGAAGAGGGACUCAUCCACUUCAUCUGAACAGAAAUAUCACUAGGAGAGCUUGCACUGCCUGUCUAUACUUUUUCCCCCCCAUCUUCCUCGGCGGAUAUCACAUAACUUGUAAUCUUAUUACCGGUCCUGGCCUUUUUUAUUAUUAUUUUUGAGGACAACCUUCUCAACUGACACAUGCCCCCUCACUGGCAGCAAAC